AUGGCCGCUCACGGGAAGCUGCGCAGGGAGCGGGGGCCGCAGGCUGAGUAUGAGACACAAGUCAAAGAGAUCCGCUGGCAGCUGAGUGAGCAGCUGCGUUGCCUGGAGGUGCAGGGAGAGCUGCGGCGGGAGCUGCUGCAGGAACUGGCUGAAUUCAUGCGGCGGAGGGCCGAGGUGGAGCUGGAGUACUCACGGGGCCUGGACAAGCUGGCCGAGCGCUUCUCUGGCCGCGGAGGUCGCAUGGGCAGCGGCAACCGUGAGCACCAAAGCUUCCGGAAGGAGCCGUCCCUCCUGUCGCCCUUACAUUGCUGGGCCGUGUUGCUGCAGCAGACACGACAGCAGAGCCAGGACAGCGCGGCCCUCAGCGAAGUACUGGCCGGGCCCCUCGUUCAGCGCCUAACCCACCUGGCGGAUGAUGUGGGGCGCAUAGUCAGGAAGAGUAAGGAUCUGGAGCAAAGACUGCAGGACGAGCUCCUGGAGGUGAUCUCAGAGUUGCAGACGGCUAGGAAGACAUACCAGGUGUACCGCUCAGAAAGUGUGACUGCUGAGACCAAGCUCCGGGAAGCCGAGCGCCAGGAGGAGAAGCGAGCUGGCCGGAGCGCUGCUGCCACGGCCACAGCUGCCACGGAGGCUGGACCUUCUAGGAAGACCUCCUUCAAGAAGGGAGGGCGACUGGUGGAGAAGCGUCAUGCCAAGUUCGUGGAGCACAAGCUCAAGUGCACGAAGGCACGGAAUGAGUACCUGCUGAGUCUGGCCAGUGUGAAUGCAGCCGUCAGGAACUACUACUUGUAUGAUGUGCUGGACCUCAUGGAUUGCUGUGACACAGGAUUCCACCUGACCCUGGGCCAGGUGCUCCGGAGCUACACCGUCGCUGAGGGCCGUACCCAGGCCUCCCAGAUGCAGGGCCUGGGCAGUCUGGAUGAGGCUCUGGAGGCCUUGGAUCCUCCAGGGGACAAGGCCAAGGUGCUAGAAGUGCACGCAGCUGCCUUCUGUCCACCGUUGCGUUUUGACUACCAACCCCACGAGGGGGAUGAGGUGGCCGAGAUCCAGGUUGAAAUGGAGCUGCGGGAUGAGAUUCUGCCCCGAGCCCAGAAUAUCCAGAGCCGCCUAGGCCGACAGACCAUUGAGACAGAGGAGGUGAACAAGACACUGAAGGCGACGCUGCAGGCCUUGCUGGAGUUGGUAUCAUCGGAUGACGGGGACGUACUUGAGCCCCUCCAGGCCAGUCCUUCCACCGAGUCGCUCAAGUCCACAGGUUCUGACCCAGGGGUUCGCCAAGCUGGCCGGAGGCGAGGCCAGCAGCAGGAGACGGAGACCUUCUACAUCACGAAGCUACAGGAGUAUCUGAGUGGCCGGAGUGUCCUUGCCAAGCUGCAGGCCAAGCACGAGCGACUUCAGGAGGCCAUCCAGCGAGGUGACAAGGAGGAGCGGGGGAUGUCCUGGACCCAGCCUUCCCAGAGAGUCCAGAGGAGCCGCCAUCCCCGCCCCUGUUCACAGUAUAACCAGAAGCUCUUUGGGGGAGACAUGGAGAAGUUCAUCCAGAGCUCCGGCCAGCCUGUGCCCCUGGUGGUGGAAAGUUGUAUCCGCUUCAUUAACCUCAACGGUCUCCAGCAUGAAGGCAUCUUCCGGGUGUCGGGCGCCCAGGUCCGGGUUUCAGAGAUCCGGGACGCCUUUGAGAGAGGGGAGGACCCAUUGGUGGAAGGCUGUGGGGCUCAAGACCUGGACUCCGUGGCUGGAGUGCUGAAGCUCUAUUUCCGGAGCCUGGAGCCCCCGCUCUUCCACGCAGACCUGUUUGGCGAGUUGCUGGCUUCCGCAGAGCUGGAAGGUACAGCGGAGCGGGUGGAGCCUGUGAGCCGCCUUCUGGCCCAGCUGCCAGGCCCAGUGCUGGUGGUCCUGCGCUACCUCUUUGCGUUCCUCAACCACCUGGCCCAGUACAGUGACGAGAACAUGAUGGAUCCCUACAACCUGGCUGUGUGCUUCGGGCCCACGCUGCUGCCUGUGCCCGUGGGCCAGGACCCCGUGGCCUUGCAGGGCCGGGUCAACCAGCUGGUGCAGACCCUCAUCCUGCAGCCUGAGCUCAUCUUCCCGCCUCUGGCUGAGCUGCCGGGCCCUGUCUAUGAGAAGUGCCUAGCACCACCCUCCGCCAGCUGUUUGGGGGAUGGCCAGCUGGACUGCAUGGUGGGAGAUAGUGAGCCGGAGUUGGAAGCCGGGUCCUUGGCCCAGGAGGAUGACCUGGAGGGGGUCGUGGAGGCUGUGGCCUGCUUUGCCUACACGGGGCGCACGGCCCAGGAGCUGACAUUCCAGCGGGGGGACGUCCUGAGACUGCACGCCCGAGCCUCUGGGGACUGGUGGCGGGGGGAGUGUGGCGGCACACUGGGAUUGAUCCCACACAAAUACAUCAUGCUGCCUGCUGCUGGGCCAGAGCCAAGUGCCCCACUCGAGACCACAGGCAAUUCUGGGCAUAGACGGCACUGCAUCGUCCCCGUCUCUCCGGACAGACAUGUGGAUAUAGACAAGAGCGUGGCACAAACCAUGGACUGUGUGUUUAAGGAGCUCUUGGGAAAGACUGCUGCCCGCCAGGGUCUUGGGCCAGUAUCUCCUGGCUCCAACCGUCCCAACAAGAACAAAGGCUUUCCCCGAGGCCCUGGGGCCCCAGUUUCCCCCUCAGCAUUCCGUCCCCAGGGUCCUGACUGGGUGGGCAAGCCACAAUGA